UUAAAAAUUAACCUUCAUUUCAAAAAUCUACCUAUUAAAAAUUCACCUGUAAAAAUUCGAUCACGACUCAAAAAGCUGCCUCAACCCUACAAAUUGGCAUCCAACCAAAAAAUUCACCUUCAUCCGAAAAAUUCAACCUUAAAAAAUGAAUGUCCACCUGGAGAAUUCCUCUUCCUCCCCGAAAACGUGAUUUCUUGUUUCCCCUUUCGGAGAGCAUCGCUUGCACGCGUCGAAUCCGCCGCAGGAUCCACUGAAUAAUUCAUCCGCUGGAACCUCCUUCUCCAUCCGAGCUUCCCGUUCUCCAGGGAACCUGUAACCCUAGCGCUUCACCGUGGGUGGAAGGGGAAGGGCGAGAGCGCGAUAUGACGGCGUACAUAGACACGGGUUUAUCUACCUGACGACCUUGCCGUUUAAAAAAUCCAAGAGUGGCUGGCAGGGCCUCGAGCGGGCGGCGUGCACCAUCCACGAGCCAGUUCAGACGCGGACCGCGGACGACUAGGACUAAUCCUAAUAGAGGCGUUCUCCCCGCGACACGGAAAACGCACCGCGGCGCGUCUCUGGUAUCCACCAGGUGAAUCGAAACCAGUUGACGCGUGUGUUCUAUGCGCGUGGAUCGCGCUGCAUCCUCCGCCAGUGAUCGACCAACGCUUUAACAUGGGAACUGCGGUACCCUGGCUGAUCCUGCUGCAGCUGUCGUCUGCGCUCGUCCACGGCUACGACACCGCGGAAUUCGACGGCUGGUAUCAACCGGUUCCCCAUCGACCAGUCGACAUCAUCACGGACGUUAUUAACGACCUAGGCGUGCGGAUUCUGCAGCAGUACACUGGCCACGGGAACGUCGCAUUCUCGCCGACAGGGGUUGGCUUCGUCCUGGCGGCGUUGUACGAGGGCUCAGCUGGCAGAGGAAGACAGCAGAUCGCCGAUGCUCUGGGUCUACCACGGGAUAAGGACAUCACCAGGCUGGGAUUUCGGGACAUCCAUCGCAGGCUGCGGACUUAUCUGAACGCGGAUGGCUUCCUCGGCGGUCUGACUCUGAAUCAAGAGAACACGAGACUGCGUCCAGAAUACGAGGACAUCUUGAGAUUCUAUGGGUUCGACCUGUCCGUCCCUGAGGACGAGGCUAACGAGACCACGACCGUACCUGAGACGACCAUGACGGACCAACCAGCGACAGAGACCACACCAGUCCAGGAUGAAACUACUAUAUUGGCUACUGAAUCUACUCAAGAGAGUACCAGUGAACCUAUGACGUCGACUACCCCAGCUGUAGAGCUGAUAGGGAGGACGAUGAGCACAGCAGACGUCCAGGACAGACUGACCCAGCAGACAACCUCUGCUACCACAAUUCUAACGGACUCGACCACACCUGCUACUCUAGCUAGCCAACCCACGACCGUGUCCCUAGAAACAUCCCCCAUGACACCUGAAACCCCUACAGUCACACCUUCCGACGCAGCCACGACUACUGCGGCCACUGUUCAACCCACGAUUCAAAGUCCAAGUACGACAGAGCCUGCUCAAUCUACCCUGAUGAGCACUACCUUGGCCACCACUCCAGGAACACCCGUCGAGACCACUGUCACCACAACUGUACCAGACUCGAUGACCACAACGAUGACCAUGCCAACAACUGUAUCGACGACUAUCACCACCAUGAUGCCCAUGGAUGCAACAAUGCCUGCUGAUAGCGGAAUGGUCCCAAGUUCGUCGAACCAAAGGCUGACUCAGGCAAAUCAGACGAUGAGUGGCUCGACGAGCGGACCAGCUGCGGAUGAGAAUACCGUUUUAACGGGCACCAUUAACAAUCAGACGGCCUCGAGCGAGAUGGGAUCUACCGAUACGCCAGGGACGACUGCUGUUACAGGUGAAACGGGGUCGAAUGGACAACCCGCCACUGCUUCCUCGACUGUCAGCGCGAGGAGGAGGAAGCGUGGCGCGAGGAGCCCCAGGGGAUUCUUCUCCAGCUAUCCAGACGAAGGUAUAUGGAUGCAAGACCUGGGCAUCUGGAAGCCUUACUCGACCAGUUUAGGCGAAGCGUCCGUCAGGGACUCCACAGAAAUAUCGUUCCUGGUGAAUGGCUGUGAUGUCUCCUCCGUCACCGCUACCAGAUACUUCGCAGUGCUACCAUUCGCCUACUUUCCAUCCCUCCACGCAGUCGCCCUUGAAUUUCCCCUAGACGAUCCCAGAUACAAUAUCCUCCUUCUAAUGGCCACGGACAGAAGGGAUACGUAUCGACUGGCGAGGGACCUCGGCGGGAAGUCGCUGAGGCUGUUGAGGAAGCAGUUGCAGGCCACUUGGGUCAGGGCCACCAUUCCAUCGUUCAUGUUACGCGGUUUCGUCACCCUGACGUCCUUCCUGCAGAGGCUGGGAAUAGCGGACGUGUUCGAGCCAAGAGCAGCGGAUCUGUCGCUUAUGACACCGGACUUAGGCGUGUACGCCAGGGAUGUGCAGCAGAGCAUCGGGGUCAACAUCAGGAAUUACAUGAAACCCGAUAGGACCCACUCUCGUGAGUCGCCCAAAUCCGAUCCUCCCUUGAUCGUUCCACCUCGACGGGACUAUUAUCGAUACUAUCAUCCAGGAAACGGGUUAUUCGAGAGAGCUGGACCAGUGCCAUUCACGGCCGUCCAUCCGUUUCUCUACUUCAUCGUCGACGCCGAAACCUCGGUGGCCUUAAUCGCGGGUCGAGUCAACGAUCCCCUCAACUCGCGGAUCCUCUAGGACCACCCACAAAGCCCUAUCAAACGGGUAGACAGACUCAUCGCCAAGUACUAAUAAACAUAUACGUUUAUUUGACAUACUUAUAAAUAUCGUUAUAAUCUAUAAACAAUUUAUAUAUAUAUAUAUAUAAUAUUUAUAUUUAUUAGAUCAUUCCUAGUUCGCACACACCUACCUUUAAGUACACGAUGUAUGUCUGUACAAAUCAUCCGUAUGUUGUAAAUAAAGGAGAGAGACGAAGGGAGCGAAGGAGUCUUUUUUUAUUGUUUUUCUUUAAUUCAGUCCACGAUCGACGGACGAUUACUAAGACGAAGAACGGCAAGAACUUAGCAUUUUACAGGCUUCGCUAUACAAGUGUCGAAUACGCGUGGCACGCGUGGCUCGUCGCUGAAACGUCGAUCCUUUCUCAUCGUUGUUCAUGUACAGGAUUGCUCGUUCGCUUGCUCGAGGAAAAAGAAAUAUAUUAUUAUCUUAUAUUUAUAUAUAAAUACAGUCCUGCGUACGAAUUCAAUCGAACGCGUCCACAUCGUCCGUACAGACAACCUUCCGACGGUCUCGCGAGUGUCCCAGACUCCUCGCAGCCUCCAGUUUGAUCCCCGUUUGAUUGGCUUCGCUUUCAAAGCGACAGUCUUCGGGGCUCGGAAGCUCCUUAAAAGCUUCUUAAAAGCUUCUUAAAAGCUUGAACGUUCGCCAAGGAGCGAGCGCUCUUCCAGUUUCGCGGCUCUCUGUCCCCCCUUUCGGAUAAAGUCAGCAACAGGUGCGUCACAAAAUGCUCGCCCCGGCAGCCUUACGAAGCUUUCGUACCGCGCCUCGGAUGGAUCGACGCGUCGUUCCGCGAGUCUCGCGUAUUUGGCAGUGAUUCACAUGAUCUCUUCGUUUCCCUUCGAGAAGACAAUUCGCAGAAACGCACGGAGUAUCGUCCCAUCGUU